AUGUCCAAACUUGCCUUCAUUGUGCCUCUUGGUCGCCAGUUAUAUACAAGCUGCCCGCUUUCCGCCGCCGGUAUUUUUCGUGCCAGACGACGUCUACCACCAAGUAACACUGAAUGGGGUCCCCUGACUGACCUCCCGGACUAUACUGUGCUGGGUAAAGCAAGCCCGGUAUACACUAGCGAAGGACAGCGCAAGAGAGCCAUUCGUAACUACCUAUUCUCGAAAGAUGUGGUCACUUUGACGAAAAACAUGAUGAAUAUCACAGGAAACCCACGUAAACUCGGGACGGUGGACGGGAGCUGA